UCGGCGUCGGGGCGGGACUUCCGGCCCGUCCUCGUGGCGGCCAUCUUGGCAGCGUUUCGGGGCGUCUGGCUGCAGAGCGCCUGGUGGGGCCGAGUUGAGCGAACCCUUCAGUGCAGGAGGAGGCCUGGCGACGCCGCCCGCGGGCCCCGCGCCAGGGCCGGGAUCGGGACCGCCGCGCCCACGGAGCCCGAUGGCGGUGCGCUGCCAGGCUCAGGGCAGUGUGACCUUUGAUGACGUGGCCGUGUACUUCUCCUGGGAAGAAUGGAGGCUCCUUGAUGGCGCCCAGAGACACCUGUACCACCAUGUGAUGCUGGAGAACUUUGGACUUAUAUCCUCACUGGGUUGCUGCUGUAGAGCAGAGGAUGCAGAGGCACACUUUGAACAGAGCAUUUGUGUACAACAGUCAAAGGCCAGGAUUCCCAAGGCAGCUCCGUCUUCUCGGAAGACCCACCCCUGUGAGAUGUGUGGUCCUGUCUUGAGAGACAUUUUCCACUUUGCUGACCAGGGAACACAACACAAUCAGAAACUGUUGAGGUGUGGGGCAUGUGCAAAGCGAUUUUAUUUCAGUAUGAACUUGCAAAGGGACCAGGAGCGGCAUAUGAAAGAGAAACCCUUCGGAGACACUGAGGAAGGGCCCUUGUCUGUGAUUAGCUGUGGAUUUCCUAAGUCAGGGAAGCCUUUUACCUAUGGAGAGGUGGAGAAGGACUUCCCAACCAGCUUGGGACAUCUGCAACAACAGGCCAGUGAUUCUGGGGAGAAGCCAAAUGGAAUCACCCAGGGUGGGGCUGCUUUACAGAACAGGAAAAGUCAAUACAUCUAUGGAGAAUGCAAGAAAACCUUCAACCCCACAGAUACACUCUUUCGAGGCCAGGAUAUCCCCACUGGAAAACAGUGUUUUGUUUGCAGUGAAUGUGGGAAAACAUUCAGGGACAAAUCCUCAUUGAUUGUGCACCACAGAGUGCACACUGGAAAAGGCCAUCAAGAGUAUGGUGAGUGUGAAAGAUCCAUUAGGCAAAGCUUAACCCUCAGUCAACAUGAAAAGAUUCAUUCUGGGCCCAGGCAAUACAAGUGCAGCAAAUGUGGGAAAUCCUUAAGCCACAAAUCUGUCCUCAUUCAUACCCAGAAAUGGCACAGUGGAGAAAACAGUUAUAUGUGUAGUGACUGUAAGGAAUCGGUUAGCCAUAGCUCAGUGUUCAUUCCACAUAGGAAAGUUCAAACUGAGAAAGGGUCUUACAAAUGUAGUGACUGUGCAGAAUUUUUCACCUCUGUCUCUGCCCUCCAUUAUCAUCAAAGAUCUCACACAGGAGAAAGGCCUUAUUAUAAGUGCAGUGGUUGUGGGAAGUCUUUUAUCUCUAGGUCUGACCUCUUUUAUCAUCAGAGAGUUCACACUGGAGAAAGGCCCCAUGAGUGUAGUAAGUGUGGGAAGUCUUUUACCCGAAGAAAUAGCCUCAUUAUACACCUAAGAACUCACUCAGGAGAAAGACCAUAUGAGUGUAGUGAAUGUGAUAAAUCUUUUAUUUCUCGCUCCAGCCUCCGUUAUCAUCAGAGAAGUCAUACAGGAGAAAGGCCUUAUGAAUGCACUGUAUGUGGGAAAUGUUUUAUUUUUAGGUAUGAAUUUGAAAUUCAUAAGAGAGUGCAUUCAGGAGAGAAACCUUUUGAGUGCACUGAAUGUGGGAAAUCAUUCAUCAGAAGAAAUACCCUCAUUUUACACCAGAGAAUUCACUCAGGGGAAAGACCUUAUAAGUGUAGUGAAUGUGGGAAGUCCUUUCUUCAAUUGUCAUCAUUCAUUCAGCACAAGAGAGUUCACACAGGAGAAAGGCCUUAUGUGUGCACUGAAUGUGGAAAAUCUUUUGUCUGUAGCUCCACCCUCUGGGUCCAUCAGAGAGUUCAUGCAGGGAAAAGACCUUACAAAUGCAGUGAAUGUGGGAAGUGUUUUCCCUAUAGUUCCAGCCUCCGUUAUCAUCACAGAGUGCACACUGUACAAAGGCCACAUGACUGUAGUGAAUGUGGGAAAUCAUUUCGCCAUAAAUCCUACCUGUCAUUGCACCAGAAAAUUCAUAAUAGGGAAAGAUCUUAUGAGUGUAGUACCUGUGGGAGAUCUUUUACCUCUUCCUCUGGGCUUGCUUGUCAUCAGAGAGUUCACAGGGGAGAAAGUCCUUUUCACUGCAAAGAAUGUGGGAAAUUUUUUAAUAGAAGGUACUCCCUGAUUCAACAUCAGAGAAUUCACACAGGAGAAAGACCUUAUGUGUGCAGUGAAUGUGGGAAAUCUUUUGCCAGGAGUGCCACCCUCUCUUGUCAUCGUAGAGGUCAUGCAGGGAAUAGACCUUAUGAAUGCAGUGAAUGUGGAAAGCGUCUUACCUCUCCUUACAAUCUUCGUUAUCAUCAGAGAGUUCACAAGGGAGAGAGACCUUAUGCCUGUGAUAAGUGUGGGAAGUCUUUUAUCUCUACGUCCAAACUCCAUUAUCACCAGAGAGUUCACAUUGGAGAAAAGCCUUUUGAGUGCAUCAGAUGUGGAAAAUCCUUUAAUGGUAAAUCUCAAUUCAGGCACCACCAGAGAAGUCAUGCUGGAGAAAAGCUUCAUGUGUGCACUGAAUGUGGGAAAUCUUUUGCCCAUAGUUCCAGUCUCCGUUAUCAUCAUAAAAUGCACAGUGGAGAGUGGCCUUAUGAGUGCAGUGAAUGUGGGAAAUCCUUUGGGAAAAGAUCCAAAUUGAGUGAACACCAGAGAGGUCACACUGGGGAAAGGCCUUAUGUGUGCAGUGAAUGUGGGAAAUCUUUUGCCCUUAAUUCCAGUUUCAGGUAUCAUCACAAACUGCACAGUGGAGAAAGGCCUUUUGAGUGCAGUCAAUGUGGGAAAUCCUUUAGAAAUAAAACAACAUUGACUCUACACCAGAGAUGUCACACUGGAGAAAGGCCUUACGACUGCAGUGAAUGUGGCAAAUCCUUUAGGUUUAAAUCAGCAUUCACUGUACAUCAGAGAAUUCACACUGGGGAAAGGCCUUACAAGUGCAGUGAAUGUGGGAAAUCCUUUAUUGCUAAAUCACCGUUCACUCUACACCAGAGAAUUCACAGUGGAGAAAGGCCUUAUGAGUGCAGUGAAUGUGGGAAAUCCUUUAGUUCUAAAUCAGCACUCACUGUACACCAGAGAUGUCACACUGGAGAAAAGCCUUAUGACUGCCAAGAAUGUGGGAAAUCUUUUAUACGGAAAUAUACCCUUUCUCAACAUCAAAAAGUUCAUAAUGGAGAAAAUCCUUAGAUGUACAGGGAAUGGACAAUUUCCUGUUCAGUAUAAACCACAUCAGGUGAAACAGGAGCCAUCUAUCUCAAUUGUAUCUCAUGCAUAUGAGUUGAGUGACUCCCCAUAAAUUUCAGUUACAUGGUAAGCUCAAAAAAAUAAAAUAAAAACCACCUUGUACUUUCUUGACCUGUCCAGGGCUCUUCCCAGAUUUGCUUCCCAGAUUGCUUGUUUUUGUGACCCAGGCCAUUACACCUCUGCCACCUGACAAGACCACAUGGUGUUCAUUCGUCACCACCCCAGUGUAUUUGGGGAAGCUGAACUCUGUUCUCUCAUGUAUUAGAAGAAAUUAUGAAUAACCUGAGCUCUUAGGGCUUCAGCUUUCCCUCCUUCCUGGACAUUGGACUACUUUGGGCAUGGACCUGGGUCAUUGUUAUCCCAAAGAAUAUUGUGAGUUCAGCUGGCAGCUUGCAGAGCAUGACUACGUUUUUUUACUGACAUGUUGGUCUUCUGUGAUACUUGUGGUUAAUUUUUCCAGUCUCCAUGUCAUGAAUUUGAGAACUGCCUGCCAUACAUUACUUUGGUUUGUAUACUAAUCAAGGCCUUAUUCUUUAAGUCCUGUUUAGCCUUGGAUGUUCUACUUGCUGAGUAUGUAGUUUAUCAACACUUUUGGACUCUACAAUCAUGGAGGGGCAAAUAACUUGUUAGGAUCCUCAGGUUCUCUCUGCCUAAGUAGAUACAGUAAGAUUGCAGAAUAUAACUUGCCAGUGUUAACCAAAUCUGCAUUUCUGCUCACAGCCUCCUAGAAAAGACUGCAAUGCUUUCUGGUUUUCAUUUGAGCCCUAGAUGUUUUGUGUUUUAGGAAUCUCAGAGAUGACUCUGAGGAGGUGAUAAGUAUGAGAACCUCAGUUGCUUCUGAGAGUGGCAUAAGUUUUUUCCUUACUCAAAGGAGAUAAUGCAGGUAUGCCAGUGUUGUUGAGGGGACAUCUUUCUUCCCCAUGUCUACAAAGAGCCAUGUGCUCUGCUGUCCACAGUUCACUGGAAUAUGUUCAUUGGUUAUAAGACUGUUGGGUUCAGGAGAAAACAGAAUUGGUCCAGAAACACUGGCUUAGGAAGUGGAGCAAACUGCAGUCAGCUUGAUGGAAUGUGCCUCUCCUAAAAGUGCAUCCAAAUACAGUUUUUACCCCAAACAAACUUGGUUCUGUUUCACCUCCUAAGAAAAGGAAGGAACUAAAUUUUAAAAUUAAAAAACGUAAUACCAAGCUAUUAAAAAGUUCAGACUUCUCCCUCAGCUAUAAAUACUGAAAUGAUACCAGAUGGCUUGGGAAGGAGACAAGAACAGGAAUCUUGUGGAAUAUAUUUGCAAAUGAUAUCUGAUGAGGAUCUAACAUCCAAAAUACAUAAAUUACAGACUCAACACCAAAAAAACCCUCAAACAACACAAUUGAAAGGUGGGUAGAGGACCUGAAUAAACAUGUUUCCAAGUGAGAUGUACAAACUGACAAGUACAUGAAUAGAUGCUCCAUAUCACCAAAUGCAAGUCAAAGCCACAAUGAAAUACCUACUCACACCAAUCACAAUGACUGCUGUCAGAAGACAAGUGUUGGCAAGGGUAGAACAGAGGGAGAAUCCUGCACUAUGGUGGGAAUGUAAAUCGGUGCAACCACUAUGGGAAACAGUAUGGAGGUUCAUAGAAAAACUAAAAAUAGAAAUACCACAUGAUCCAGUAAUUUCACUUCUUUGAGUCUGAGGAAAACAAAACCUGUGAUUUGAAAAGACAUGCACUUCUUAUGUUUAUUGUCACAUUAUUGACAGUAGCCAACAUAUGGAAGCAACUAAAGUGUCUUAUGAAUAUGUGGAUAAAGAAGAGGUGGUGCAUAUACACAAUGGAAUAUUCAGCCAUAAUAAAGGAAUUCCUUGAUACUUGCAACAACAGAUGGACCUAGAGGGUAUUGUGCUGAGUGAAAUAAGCCAGAGAGAGAAAACCAAAUACUAUAUUAUUUCACUUAUAUGUGCAAUCUAAAAAAGCAAAAUGAACAAAACAGCAACAGAUUUGUAGAUGCUGAGAAUUGACUGGUCAUUAAUGUGAAGCGAGAUGUUGGGGUAUGUGUGUGAAACAGGUGAAAGGGAUAAAGCACAAAAGCUCAGUAUAGAUCUUGGGAUGAAAAUAUAGCAUAGAGAAUAUAGUUAAGAGCUCUGUAACAUCUUUCUAUCUUGGAAGAUACUAAUUACCCUAGUUGGGAUGAGCAUUUAAUGAGACUCCUGCCAAAUCACUAUGUUGUAAACUUGUACAAUAUAAUAUUGUAUGUGAACUAUAUUUCAAUAAAAAUCAUCCAAAAAA